ACUUGUCGACUGGGAAAUGGAUAUGAGAGCAGACGAAAAUUCAGUAACCGAGAAAAUUACGACGUGCAAGAAAAUAGUAAAUUCGAAUAAAAGACAUAAAAGAGUUAAACGCGCAGUUUGAUAUUACCAAAUUUAGAUAAAAUUUACGGUUCCCGGUUUUCCCGAGCGCGUACGAGAACGCGCAGCUGAGUCCAUUUGGUAACAGCACGUUUUUUACUAUCGGAUUUAGGAAGCGAUUAUACUAUUAAUUGUGAAAUAUUGUGAUAAUGGAGUCUUGGGAUGACGAGGAUUUUGAGCCUCCAAGGGUGGUCACUUCGAAUAAUAAGUGGGAGGGCGAAGAUGAGGACGAUGACGUGAAGGAAAGUUGGGAAGACGAGGAUGAAGAAAAAAAAGAAAAGGAAGAAGAGGAAAAAAAGGCAGCCGAAGCCAAGAAGUUGAAAAAGAAGAGCCUCGCAGAGAAAUUAGCAGAAAAAGAGAGGCUGAAGCAGGAGGAGUUCGAAAGGCGGCUCAAAGAACAACAGGAAGAAGAAAUUUCACCAGAGGAGAAAAUCCGAAUGCAAAAAGAGUCGGACUUGAAGCUGGCCCUCGAGACGACGUUCGGAAUGAAAGGUGGCGGCGCAGAGGUGAAGGAAGUCGGCGGCAUCAAGUUACCGUCAAGCAAGGAAGAACUUGAAGAGUUUACCGAAACAUUAUCCAAAAAUUUGUUGCCGCUAUCAAAGAGUGCAGAUUACGUAAACUUCGUUGAGGAAUUGACUAGGAAUUUGUGCGCUCCAAUGUCUUCUUUGGACAUAAAGAAAAUUAAAAACACUUUGGACAACCUUUAUUUGGAGAAGCAGAAAAUCGAAAAGGGGGAUAAGGCUAAGAAAAACAAGGGCAAGGGCAAGGCCAAGCUCAAGUUGGAGGGAGAUAAUCAUCAACUCUCCGCCUACGUGAACGACUACAGCAACGACUUUGACGACUACGACGACUUCAUGUAGCAUUGCGACGCGAAUCCAUUCUUAGUCGUUUUUCCUACGCGAAUAGCCUUGGUCGCGCUGGAAUAUAUUGAAUCGGUUUUAUCUUAUUUUCAGUUACUAAUUUUCUCCUUAACCAACGUUCUGGUCUUCAACUUUAUAUUUUUUAUAU